AGAGGAAAUGUGGAGCAGCGAGUCAUUCAUGGGCGGGUCCAUCCGCCUCCAGCAGUCAGUCCGAGAAACCCGAGAGCGCACCAAAGUAACAAAACACAAACAUGGCGCCUACUUACUGCAGUACAGACUAGCGCUGGACGGAAACAAAGUUUCCAGGAAUUAAACCCAACGAGCUCACACUGAGUGGACGUUUAUUCUCGCUCGAGUCGGAGUGGACGGGUUGGAAGUUGCGACUGGCCUACAUGUCAACGCGUUUUCUUAGAGUGCUUUGAACAGCUGGUCCGUCCAGCCCAUGAUUGAGGAUAAGGGUCACCGUGUGACAGACUAUUUUGUUGUGUCUGGCCUGACUGACAAGUCCACACCACUAGAGCAAUCACAGACCUCUAAUGAAGCCAAGUCCAGUGGGCCCAAGGCACCCAUCACAGACCUUGCCGUCAUCAACAAGUCUGCCGGAGAAACUGUGCCUGAAGGUUUCACAUGCAUUGAGAGUACCUACAGUGGCCAACCGGCCAAUCUCAACCAUGGCAGCCUCAAGAGCCCAGAACUCUUCCUGUGUUACAAGAGGGGUCGUGGGAAGCCCCCACUCAUUGACAUCGGGGUCCUAUAUGAGGGGAAAGAGCGUCUUAUUCAGGGUUGUGAGGUCAUUGAGGCCACACCGUUUGGCCGCUGUGCAAAUGUCAACAACAGCUCUGCCACAUCCCAGCGCAUAUUCAUUACAUUCCGCCGACCCCCUGUCCAGCCCCAGAACUCAUUGGCUGUGACUGACAUCUGCGUCAUCAUCACAAACAAGGGCGAGACUCCUCCUCACACUUUCUGUAAAGUGGCCAAGAACUUCAACUGUGGCUUGUGGGGAUCGAGUGUAUUUUUGUGUUACAGAAGUCAGUGUCUGCGUCCCAACUCCAUUGCUUAUAAGGCUGAUCUGAUCUUUCGCUAUCCUGAGGAGGACUAUGAAUCAUUUCCCCUCUCUGAGUCUGUACCCCUCUUUUGCCUUCCUAUGGGGGCCAAGAUUGAGUGCUGGGCUCCUAACACACGCUACCCUUUACCUGUCUUCUCCACAUGUUUGUCCCUCACCAACUCCAAUGGAGAAAAGGUGUAUGGAGCUGGAAUACAGUUCUAUGAGCCAUAUCCUGUGGGUCUCAGCGAGAAACAAAAGAUCCAGCUAGGUCUGGUCUCCACUGUGGACAAAAAAGGCCAUCCCAACCGCACAGUCAACACCAAACAAGUAUGCAUCUGCCUGCUGUCCCGCUGGCCUUUCUUUAGUCCUUUCAGGAAGUUCCUAAUGUUCCUUUACAAGCUGUCAGCCAAUGGAGUCAACCCUCUGCCCAUUGAGAAACACAUAUCCCAUUUCAUGCACAAUGUCUCCUUCCCUUCUCCUCAGAGACCAAGAAUACUGGUCCAGCUGUCGGCACAUGACACCUUAAUCCUGUCCCAACCUGUCUGUACACCUUUACCACUAAGUGGAGCAGACUACAGCACACUGCUGAUGAAUCUGGGCCCAGAAAACUGUGCCACUCUGCUACACUUUAUCCUUCUGGAAAGCAAGAUCCUGUUGCACUCCCCUCUGAGACCAGCCGUACUGACUGGGGUGGCUGAGGCUGUUGUGGCGAUGAUCUUCCCAUUCCAGUGGCAGUGUCCUUAUAUCCCUCUUUGCCCUCUGUCUCUGGCGGGGGUCCUCAAUGCACCAUGUCCCUUCAUUGUGGGCGUUGACUCUCGAUACUUUGAUCUCUACGAUCCCCCACCUGAUGUGGUCUGUGUGGACUUGGACACCAACACUAUAUACUUGUCUGAUGAAAAAAGAAAUAGUAACUGGAAGAACCUCCCAAAGAAGCCCUGCAAAGGUCUCAUACACUCUCUAGGAAAUCUUCACCAUCAGCUUGCCACUGUUCGGCGUACAGCACUAGAAGGCUUGGCGGUGGAGAUGACCCCUAUCGAAGCAGACUUUACCUGGCAUAAGAAAAAGACAGAGCUGGAGAUGGAGAUUCAGGAGGCGUUCCUGCGCUUUAUGGCAUGCAUACUGAAGGGCUACCGAACCUACCUCAAGCCAAUCACACAAGCACCUUCUGAGAAAGCUACUGCUGCAGACUCACUCUAUGACCUGCAAGGAUUCUUAAAGAGUAGAGAUCGUGCGCAUCAGAAGUUCUACUCUCAGCUCACCAAGACUCAGAUCUUCAUCCGCUUCAUUGAGGAAUGUACUUUUGUUAGCGACAAAGACACCAGCUUGGCUUUCUUUGAUGACUGCAUUGGAAAACUUUUUCCUUCCGACAAAGGAACAGAAAAGGGUACAAAGGCUGAAGGUGAGUCAUCUGAGGACACCAGGCUGAUGGAACUGGAUGAGUCACUGAAGAGUGAGCACACAGUCUUCGUCAUGCCUCCGGAACCACCGCCAGCAGAAGAUGGUCCUGACCCCCCUCCCAAAUAUAGUUAUAAGAAUUUCCCUAGUUUAAGUUUGGAGCUGUUUGAUCGUCCACAAGAGCUGAGACCAGCACUGAGUACAGGAGCAGCAGGGGCCAGUGUGUCCAGCAGCCCUGCCCUGUUAGCCAAGAGAACGAAACAGGAAAUCAAAAUGGCCUACAAGCUGGCAAAGCGUUUCUAUUCCAAUCCUCCCCAGUGGGCAAAGUGUCUGUUUAGUCACUGCUACAGUCUGUGGUUCAUCUGUCUUCCUGCCAGCAUGCGUACAGCCCAAUCCAAAUCCCGCAACAUGCAGCAGGCCUUCAAUGUUCUGCUCAAGAUGAGGAGCUCUGAGGUGGAAGUGCUCGAUGAGGUGUGUUACCGUGUGGUGAUGCAGUUGUGUGGUUUGUGGGAGAUGCCUGUCAUGGCUGUGCGUGUCUUAAUGGAGAUGAAAAAGGCUGGUGUUGAACCCAAUGCUAUUACUUAUGGAUACUACAACAAGGCUGUCCUUGAAAGUCCUUGGCCAAGUCGUAACCGUAGCGGACUCUUCAUGUGGACCAAAAUGCGGAACCUGGUGCGAGGAGUGGUGCAGUUUAAGCAGGCGUUGCGUGGAACAGCACUUAAAGGAGGACCUUCCCUGAUAACCACAGAGCUUUCAGCGGGUACAGCAGCAGGUGCUGAUGGAGACAGUAUUGACAGCUCAAAUGAGCCUGUUGUAGAGGAACACAUUCUCUUCCCUCACAGCCUUAUAGUUGAGGAUGCUAUUGACAGUGAAUAUAGUACAGCUGGUCAGUCUGAUCACGGUUAUGGAUCUAAGAACAAGCUGCCCCAGGACCUUACUGAUGAACCUAUAACCUCUCCACCUCUCUCCACCAACCACACUAGCAGUAGCAAAGCAACCAAGAUCCAAAAUGGGGACGAUGUUGCUAGUUCUGUAGACAGUGUUGUAGCUGUGACGGAGUCCCACAGCACUGCUGAGAUAGCACCUUCUGUUGCCAGCAUUGUUAAACUGUCUACUGAGAUCCCUGUCCACUUUGACAGCAGUGCAGACAGGGGAGAAACUGCAGGUGUAUGUACAACUAAGCUCUUCAUUCCCCGUAAGAAGAGUGAAGAUCUGGCCCUGCCUGUGGAGGAUGACUCAGUAAUCACAGUUUCACAACUCUCUCAGGCUGGACAGCAACAAAGGAUGAAAGCUUUUGUGGAGCGGAGCUGCAGUUUCAGUGCAGAGAGCAAAGCUGGCAUGCUACAAAAGAAGGGCAGUCUGGAGCUCAGUGCUGAUCACAUGGGCGCAGAUGCAAAAAUCCUUGCAUCCGCAUUCUCUGGCAGUCUGACCCCUCCUCCAUUUACAACCAUCACUCCCUUUAAAGAGUGUAAGAUGGAGGCUACAACAAGCUCUGCCCUCCAGCAGGAACAUGAAGUAAGGCAGAAGGAACACAAAGCAUUCAGUUCUGUGGAAGAGAAAGUGGAGAAAAGUAGAGAGCAGAAAGAUUCGGUAGACACACCCCAGGGGGGUGAAGUUGUUGGGCGAAGCAUAAGCAGUGGCUCUACCUCCUCUAAAGCUGUGGAAAGGGAGGAUGUUGAAGUGGGGGCGGAUCCUCUUUCACUCUUUGCAUCGGAAACUGAGGAUGCAACAUCCAUUCAGAGCCAGGAGUCCACACGGCCGUUUCCACCUAUGGUGUCAAGGAACCUUGCAGAUGAGAUUGAGAUGUACAUGAGCCUCAAGAGCCCCUUGAAUGGUAAAUCUUCCAGCAUGGAGUUGCAGCAGGGAUCAAACCACAAAUCAGUUAACUGUCCAGACUCUCCUGAAAUAAAGCAGUCUUUGGAAAGAAGAUCAAGCCUUCCAAUCGGUCCAGUCAAAAUUGCUAGUUUAACAGAGACUCCAAAGCGUAGCCCUGCUGUCACGCGCUCUAAGACAUUUGCAGUCAAGUCCCCCAAGACACCAGGCUCUGCAGGUCAAAGGUCAUCAUCACUGACUGCGCUUGUAAAGUCAUCACAGAGCAGUUCAUUGGGAUCCGUCAUCAACUCCAUAUCAGGCAUCAAGAUGGACUCUCUGCUGUUAGGGCCUAAAGUAGAUAUGCUCAAGUCAGGCAUGAAGCAAGCAGCCAAUGUGGCCAGCAAAAUGUGGGAUGCAGUGGCCUCAGCCUACUCCUACUCGGAUGAUGAGGAGGAAAGCUCACAGCCCCGAGACAGUUUCCCUGCUAGGCUAGAAGAGCAGUUGUUGUCUGCAGAAGGAGCAACAGAUAACACUUUACCCAGAGGCCUGAUGCCCAGCUUGGCCUCAAACGGGCUCACACACAGCAACACCAGCCUGGGCAGCAGCAGUGAAAGCAGCGAUACCAGCCGUGCACAGCUGUCGACAUCUUUGACUCCAGGCCGCUCACUGAGAGGUGCAGACUCCGAGAGGUCUGAACAUAGUUCCUCUCAUCAUGCCAGCACCUCCAGCAUUUACCAGAAUUGUGCUUUAGAGGUUCUAAUGUCCAGCUGCUCUCAGUGUCGGUCUUGUGAAGCUCUGGUGUAUGACGAGGAGAUCAUGGCAGGCUGGACAGCUGAUGACUCCAAUCUGAACUGCACCUGUCCUUUCUGUCAAAUCUCUUUUCUCCCUCUACUCCAUGUUGAGUUCCACGACCUGCGUUCUACACCGGGCUUCUACUUGAAGACAAGCACAUCAGGAGACAGUAUUAACAGCUCCAGCACACAUCCGGCCACCUCUGGCUCCUCUGAAGUGAAAGUGGGUUGUUCUAGUGACCCUCCAGACCUCAUGAGCUCCCCAGAAUCUCCUGAGGACAGCAAAGGUCCUGUUGAGAUGCCUGUCACUCAAACUGGAACCCCAAAGAUCCUUGUACCAGAGCCAGUACAUUCAGACCCCCUGGGUCUCAUGGAGAAACAAGCUGAGAAACGCAACACUUUAACUCGGAGCAACAGUGUGGGAGGCCCACUGCAGAGUUUGGACUUGAUCCACAGACCCAAUCAUGGCAUUUCCACUACCAGCCUGCCCAACAGCCUACAAGAGGUGGUGGACACCCUGAGUCAAAAGUGGCCGAACCCAAAACCAGUUUCUGUGCCGUAUCUCAGUCCACUGGUCCUCCGCAAAGAGUUGGAAUCGCUGUUAGAGAAUGAGGGGGAUCAGGUAAUCUAUACUCAUAAGUUCCUCAGUCAGCACCCCAUCAUCUUCUGGAACCUGGUGUGGUAUUUUCGGCGUUUAGACCUGCCCAGCGUUCUGCCUGGACUCAUUCUCACAUCUGAACACUGCAACAAUGGAGUGCAGCUCCCACAGACAGCUUUGUCUCAGGACAGUAAGCUGGUGUAUGUGCAGCUGCUGUGGGACAAUGUCAACUUACACCAGGAGCCCACAGAGCCCCUCUAUCAGCUUUGGAGGACCUUCUUGCAAAAAAAGGGCACUCUAGCCCCCACUGACCACCAGGAGACUCGGACUCUGCUGAACAGCAUUGUACGCAGCAUUCAGACGAACGAUGUUUACGGCCCCAUCAACAUGCUCCUCAGGGAGAUCAAGAAACGCCCAGAAGUUAAACGCCAGAGGAGUAUCUACAGGGAAAUUUUAUUUCUGUCACUUGUUGCCUUAGGAAGGGAGAACAUUGAUAUUGAGGCCUUUAAUCGUGAAUACCGGCUUGCAUACAAAGAGCUCAGCACAGAACAGCUGAAAGUCCUAUCCCCCAUUGACAGACCACCUAGCAACAACGUGCAGUGGUGCCUCAAGUGCUUCGGAGCCCCGUUCAUCUGAUCUCAGUGACUGUAAAAGUCAGGGAGAGAAUUGUACAGUCAUUUAAUUCAUUUGCACCGUCACCUGAAAUGGUACUUUUUAUCAUCCACCAAAAUAAAAACGAACUGGCUUCUUUGUUCUGAAAUUCCUGAGAGUGUCAUGGCACCAACCGUACAGCAGGUAGACAGUGUAUUUUACUGGUGGUUUUCAGAUGUUGAACUGCCUCUUGUGUGUGAGCCCAUUUCAAACUGCAGUGGAAGUAAAUGAAAGACUGAAAAAAUCUAUUCACUGUAAGAUGUUUCUCUACACUGCCUUCACUCUGGCCUAUCUCUUCAGCUGACCUGUGGAAGGAUUUUGUGGAUAUGGAGAGUGUGUUCUGGAGAGGUGUCAGUGACAAUGGUCUUAUUUGAUGUGCACAUUUAGAAAUGGUUGCUUUAUCAUUCUCCAUUGUUGCCAUGUAUUUUAUAUAUAUAUUUUUCUAUAUUGGGAUAUUUGCUUUUCUCAAUGUGAGCGAUCUUUGGCUAGAUUUUGUGGAGUCUUAAACACAGAGCCCUUUAAGGUUAAUGUGGGCUUUGAGUGUCACAGUGCAAGGUGAGAGGUUUGUGUGUGCGAGAGAGUGUGUUUGAGCAUGUACAUUAGAUAGACCACACCUUAAAGUGAUAUACUGUGAAAGAGGACAAUCAGAUGAAUUUCAGAACAUUCCAGAAACCAUCUCUAAUGUCUUAAACAGGCUAGAAUCAAUACGAGUGAUGGUAUAGUGAUAAACUGUUAUUUCUUAAAAAUAGAUACUUUUAUCCUAAAUGUAGGAUUUUGAUGUAUUGUGGGAAAUAUUGUGACAUACAUCCGGAAUGGAGGAGAUGAUUUAUGAAGUGAAAUAACUCCUUAUUAAUGCAUUCAUAGUUUUUUUCUUUUUCUUAUUUUUUUCUUUCUUUUUUUUUUUUUAGAAAUACACUUUGAUUAAUUUGUAAUCUCAUAUGUAUGCAGAAACAACUCUUUAACACAGAAUGGAAAACGUUAAUAGAAACUCAAAUAGGAAAUAUAUAGAAAUAUUUUUAAAACUUGCUUUUUAAUCUACUAGAUGACUUUCGUUAUAGCAAACUAGUGUCCAUUCAUUUUAUUAAAAUCUUUUUCCAGUCCCAUUGUACUUGCGAAUCCAAAGGAUGUAAAAACCUUUCAGUUACUGCCGUUAGCGAAUGAAUCAUUGAAUAAAUCAAAAUAGUUAUUGUGCCUUGUCAUCAAGUGAAGGUAGGACUUGUGGAUUUGUAAAAUAUGCGAUUAAUUUACUACUAAUAAAUUAAUAUGAUGGAGUGAAA